AUGAUGCAAAACAGAAUCGAUCCGUCUGGCAUGACUUCAUCAUCUCUGAUUGCCAAAGCCAAAUCAUCCGAAAAGUAUGAUCGGAGCAUGGAAGAAUUGAAAAUGGUAGAUUUAUAUGAUUUUAGAAGUAUUAAAUUUGUCAAGAAAAAUUCACAAGUGGAGAAAGACAAAUCCGUUCCCGAAAGAAUGAAGCGAAUGGAAGCUAACUAUCAACAGCACGGAAUGAAGAGAACAGUGGAAGCUGCAAUUGCUGUUAAUAUCCAUGGUCAUCCUCAUAUAAUGUUGCUAAGAAUUGGUAAUAAUCAAAAAGGCUUCUAUAAAUUACCGGGAGGACGAUGCCGCAGGGGUGAAACUGAAGAGGAAUGCCUGAAACGAAAAUUAACUAAACGUCUUGCACCUGAAGAUCCUAAUGAGCCAAUGCCAGAAUGGAUUGUUCAUGGAGUUAUUUCGGUGUGGUAUAGACCAAAUUUUGAAACGUUAUUAUAUCCAUAUUGCCCAGCUCACAUCACAAAACCAAAAGAAAGAAAGCUAAUUUAUCUAGUGACUGUUCCUGCAGGAUGUACCAUAGCUUACCCAAAAAAUUACGAGUUUAUUCCAGUUCCAUUAUUUGAUCUUUACGAAAAUUCAAAAAAGUUUGGUCCCAUUAUUAGCUCCUUACCACAAGUGUCCAGCAAGUUUGAGUUUAAUUAUUUAUAUCAAGAAUAG